GGUCGUUGUUUCAGAGUUUAUUUACGGAUUUCGCUCGGCUCGUUGUUACUCUCUGCGGGUACCGACAUGUCUCAGGCUCGAGUUACGGAUUUCUUUGUGCAGAGGAAGAAAGUGACCUCUGAACCGGCCAAAGGAGCCAAACAGCGGCAGCGCAGCAGCUUCGUUUCUUCUUCUACGAUCAGCUUUAAAACUCCCAGCGAAAACAAAGACGCUGUUUCCUGUUCGUCCCCGGUUCACAAGGAGUUUUUACGAGUUAUCGACGAAGCUUCUGGUGUUAAUAAUAAUAAUAAUGGAGGCGAGUCCAACCCCGGUAAAGACUCAAUCUUCUCCAGUCCGCGGACACCGAAGAGGAGCUCUGCUGAUGCGGAGAUAACUGAGCAUUCAUUGUCCAAAAAGAGACGGCAAGCCGUAGAGGUCAGAAAGGCUUCGACUAACGGAGAGAAAACGACCAAGAAGUCUGCCAGGAAGAAACUUCUGCUCCAGGAUGAUUCACCUCAGGCUGCUCCUCGUAAAGUGGACAUCACGUCCCUCAAGGCUCAACUUCAGAGGAUAAAGAAACAGUCCAAUGUUGACCCUGCCUCCUCAGCUUUAGCUUCCACUUCCUCCUCCUCUCUGGCUUCUAUAAACAAUGCGACCCCAGCUGCUUUCAAAACCACCACACCCACAGAUGCUAACCCCGUUAACGUCUCUGUGGCCCGGGCCAGAGAGCUAGCAGCCAGAGCCCUGAGGAGGAAGGAGACGAGAGAAGCCGAUGAGAUCAAGAAGACUGAGACGCACACUCAGGACAGGACUGAGCAGCCAGCAUACCAGCGGUACCACACCCUUGCUCAGGCAGUCCCGCCUGGCCUGUCACUGCCUUAUCAAUACAAGGUUCUGGCUGAGAUGUUCAGGAGUAUGGAGACUGUGAUUGCCAUGUUGUACAACCGCUCUGAGACCGCCACCUUCAGCAAGAUCAAGCAGGCCGUUCAGGAUAUGUUGCACAAGCGGUUUGAGGAGGGCCACAUCUGUCAGAUAAAGACGGUGUUUCCUGAAGCGUACUCGUUCAAACAGGAGAAGAACAUCCCAACAUUCAGCAGCAGCGUGUUGAAGGGCAGCUACCAGCUGACUGUGGAGCCCCUCUUUGGACCUGAUCAAAAUGAAGCCCGACCUGUACUGUCCGCCUCUCGUCUCCUGGAAAGACGACGCAUCUUCCACCAGAACCUGGUUUCUAUCGUCAAACAGCAUCAUAAGGACUUCUUGUCCUCACUGGUUCCUCCAGUUUCUGUUCCAGAGGACAAACUGACCCGCUGGCACCCUCGCUUUAAUGUGGACACCGUCCCAGCUGUCCUUCCCAGCUUGCUGCCUCAGGCUCCUGUUCCAGAGAAACUGACCACAGCUCAGGAGGUGCUGGACAAGGCCCGUUCACUCAUCACCCCCAAGAUGGAGAAGGCCCUGAUUUCUCUGACCUUAAACACAGAAGACAAGGACACACAGAGUUCUGAGUCAACAUGCUCACAGAGCCAGACCUGCUGUCAAACAUCUGCUCCUGUAGCUCAGCUCCCAGCUUCCCUGAAGGGGGUUUCCCAGUCCCUGCUGGACAGGAUACGAGCCAAAGAGGCCCAGAAGCUCCAGGCGGCCAUGACUCGCAGCCCUGCUCAGGAGGAGCGGCUGCUGAUGAUGUCGAGGCUCGGGGAGAUGGUGAGGAUCCUUCGCAACGUGUUUGUUGCAGAGAAGAAAGUGGCGUUAAUAAUGGAGGUGGCCUGCAACAGGAUGGUGGCGAGCUACAGAUCAGCUCUCAGCACAGGUGAGAUGGAGAAGCACCUCCGUCUGCUGGCAGAAGUAGUGGCAGACUGGCUCACCAUUCAUCCCAUCAGGAAGGACUUCUACCUGAAGCUGAACAAAAAUGUGGAGCUCAGCAUCGUUCUGGAACAACUCAACAGCAGACUCAAAGAGGAGGAAGAGAAACUCUGA